AAUUCACAGCGCAACGCAGUCAAGCUUUGGACGCGAAUCGAAACAGAUGGCCCUCCCCAAAGAACGCAGCAUGGCUUUUCGAGAGCAGUACUUCCAACACGUGGACGGAGCCUACGAAGCCGCCAGUGUUCGACGCAAACGUCCCGACAAACCUCUUAGCCUUGACAGGCUGGAGAAGAACGUUCGAUUUGUGUUGGUGGAAGUGUUUCCUAAAGUGGCCAAAGUGUUGCUUCUGUUAGUUCCUGUACUGGUGCGCGAUUUUGUGCAGUUUUUAUUGCCGGCGAAAAAGAAAUCCAUAAGCAAUCAGCUGGCACUGGUUACCGGCGGUGGCAACGGUUUGGGCCGAGCCCUUUGUUUCCGAUUGGCGCAGGAAGGCUGCUCGGUGGCCGUUGCUGACAUUGACCUCGUCGGUGCGCGUCGGACGGCCGAAGAAGUGCGAACACGGUUCGGAGUGAAGGCCGAUGCGUUUCACGUCGAUGUGAGUGACUACGGGUCGGUUACGAAGCUUAAAGAGGCCAUCGAAUCUUCGCUGGGCAAUGUUGAUAUUUUGGUUAACAAUGCUGCACUGUUGGCUAUGCUUUCGUUGUCCGAAGGAAAGCCGGAAGACGUUCAGCGGAUAGUGAAUGUCAAUUUGCUGUCGCAUUUUUGGACUAUCAGAGCAUUCAAAGAUGGCAUGGUUGAGCGACGCCGUGGACACAUUGUGGCCAUCUGUUCUUUGUUAGGUAUCGUUCCUUUUGGUCGGACCAUCAGCUACUGCGCCACCAAGUUUGGAGUACGAGGUCUCAUGGAAUCGCUGGAGAACGAAUUCUACCAGGAUGGCCUAAAAAACGACAUACAUACGACAUGCGUCUUUCCGGCAGGAAUUCGCACCCGGAAGGGAUUUGUUGAUCUGGUCAAAGAUAUCAAAUUGACGGUACCACUCAGCUCUCCCGAAUACGUUGCCAACUUAAUCGUCGAUGCAGUGAGGGCCAACAAAACUGAAAUCGUACCUAGUACAUGGGAAAUGAGGCUUGUAGCUGCUAUAUACCCGUACAUGCCAAAAUCGUUGAUUUUACUCGUAGUUGACACAGUGUUGGGAGUAACGCCAGUUCUCACCAGUAGAGAAUAAGCAGCUAGAUGUUGAUAUUAUACUAUUAUUGUAAAGUUAGUUCUGAUCGGUGAUAAACUGUUUGAUUUAGCCUAGCCGGACAUGCGUGUGGAUAAAUAGAUAGUUUUUCGGAGCAUGCAUGAUGUGAUCAGCAGAGUCUAACGGGGUGACGCAGCGCCAUCACGUGCAAGUGGCCGCUCUAUACAUUAAAAUUGCAGCCCAUAUAAUGACAUGUUGCAGCGAAAGUCGAUCUAAUUGAAAUGGUGCAUGCAAGCAUGGGAAUAAACAACAGUCAUCUUGCAACGAGGCCUUAUUUAUGACUUCAAAAUUCUAGUUACAAUUCAAGCUGACACAAAUAAUACACGUUGGGAACACGAGAUUCACUUGAAAGCUUAGUUGCAGUAGCUCAUAUGAGAACAUUAAUUUGCAAUUGAUUCAUGUUUAUUUUAUUAGUUAGAGAGAAGCAAAAAACAUUGCCAAAAUAAAGAAGAAACAAAUUUAUCCUAGCUUCCUGCACCCCUGUAUGACAGCUAACGUCGUUCUCCUAGAAUGUAAGGAG